UGAUUCUUUUUAGAAUGUUGUCGUUUUGUUGCUGACGAGACGCUGGUGAGAGGCAGGGAGAAGGAAAGAAGCCUCAAACUAGAACUGUAAACGGCAGCUCUUAUCACUAAACUUAGCACAAUGUCGAAGAAUACAGUGUCUAAUCGAUUCAGGACAGUAGACGUUGACGAAUACGACGAGAACAAAUUUGUUGACGAGGAGGAUGGAGGUGAAAAUCAGCUGGGUCCUGACGAGGCAGAAGUGGACUCGCUAAUCAGACAAGGGAACCUGAUGGAGGCCUUGCAGGCAGUCCUGAAGAACCCACCAAUCAACACCAAGAAUCAGAACGUCAAGGACUGUGCCGAGGGCCUUGUGUUGAAGGUGCUGAGUGCCUUUAAGAGCAGUGACGUAGACAAAGGAGUCCAGUCUCUGGAUAAGAACGGAGUGGACCUGCUCAUGAAGUAUAUCUACAAAGGCUUUGAGACGCCAUCGGAUAACAGCAGUGCCGUCCUGCUGCAGUGGCAUGAAAAGGCUCUAUCUGCAGGUGGCCUGGGAUGCAUCGUUAGAGUACUAACAGCCAGGAAGACUGUCUAACUAACAGAGAAGGAGAGGAGCCAUGUUCUUCACAGCGACCGUCUGGUGCACAUUACAACACAAGGAUGAGAUCCAGUAGAUCACAGCGUGUCACAGAGAAGAUCCCUCCUAUCUGUCUCUGCUUGUUUUCAGAUCUCUCUUCCCUAUGUCUCCCUACACAGACACACACACACACACUGAUACAGCUGUUUCACACAUUCACCCAAACACAUAACACAUGCCAAAUUGGCAUCAUUUUUAGUAUUUUUACUCCCUUCCUUUCCUUCUCUAGACCCUCAAACACACACCAGCACAAUACUACAGAACUCUUCUUAGGUAUGGCUUUGUUUUUCUCAGGAAAAAUCUAUUUUAUAACAGUUAUUUGUCUACCCUGCUACUCUUUUUUUAAUUAAAGCUCUGAUAGGCUGGUGUCUUUGUUAAAAAGCUGAUCAGAAAAUUCCUGAUGGAACAAAAGCUUAUAAUUCCACAGAAAAUCCCUAAUUUGCCCUUCUGUGACCCGUGGGGGCAGAGGGAGGGAGGCUCCUGAAAAGCACAGCCACAGAUGGAGCGGGGUGGAUUUGCGGGUGGGGGAAGUUUUUGCCAGCAGGGGUGGUCCAGCCAUCAUCCUGCCUGCCCUAGUUAGGGAUUAAUACCCACGAUGCAUUACGGCCCCCUUUUACUACUAGCACCACUGUUAUUAAUCCUAGACUGUGUUCCUGUAAAAACACUACCCUACCACUUAGCUAAUGUAAAGGGCAUGCAGUCUAAGUGGUGUCCUAGUAUGGGUUUAGUGAGAGAGCCUAUUCCACAGUGUUCUCUCACUCACUGAAUCAUGUACAGGGCAUUAUCAUGUCAGACUUUGUUGUAAUAUUGUUUAGUAAGGGAUGCAUUUGUAAUGCUUCCAGGACAUAAGAAUAGUUUCACUAAGUUGCAAACUUUCAAUAAAUUCCCUGGUUUUCCAGAAAUCGUGUUUGUAGGAUUCCGGAUUUAUUCCAUCUUGAUUCCAGGAAUCCUCCAACCGGUAAAACUAGGGAAUUAAUUUAAAGGUUCCGAAAUUUUCCAACCCUAACACCUAUGAUUAUUUGUAUUUUGCCGAACAGAAUUUGCCUUGGAUGUAUUCUUUGCUCUGUCGGGCCACAUUCCCUCACCAGUAUAUUUUGUAUGCUAUCACUGCUAGUCAAUCAUGGUGUAUCUUUCAUUGAGGUAUUUUUUUAUUUAAAGAGGCGAGUCAGUUAAACAAAUUCUUAUUUACAAUGACAGCCUAGGAACAGUGGGUUAACUGCCUUGUUCAGGGGCAGAACGACAGAUUUUUACCAGCCCAACGCUCUAACCACUAGGCUACCUGCCACCCCCACAUUUAACCUGUGUUUGUUAAAGUGUCAUGGUUUUUCUAUUGUGAUUUGUAAAUGGAACUUUGGGUCUCUUCAUGAUAAUUGAUCAGUAUUUUAAAAAGCCAUCAGUUUACAAAACAUUAAGAACACCUUCCUAAUAUUGAGUUGCACCCUCAGGACAGCCUCAAUUCGUCAGGUCCGGGACUCUACAAGGUGUUGAAAGCAUUGCACAGGGAUGCUGGCCAAUGUUGUCUUCAAUGCUUCACACAGUUGUCAAGUUGGCUGGAUGUCCUUUGGGGUGGUGGACCAUUCUUGAUACACGGGAAACUGUUGCGCAUGAAAAACACAGCAGCGUUGCAGUUCCUGAUACAAACCGGUACGCUUGGCACCUACUACCAUAUCCCAUUCAAAUGCAUUUAAUAUUUGGUCUUGCUCAUUCACCCUCUGAAUGGCACACAUACACUGUCCGUGUCUCUGUUGUCUCAAGGCUUAAAAAUCCUUUUAACCUGGCUCCUCCCCUUCAUCUACACUGAUGAGUGAAGUUGAUUUAACAUGAGACUACAAUAAGGGAUCAUAGCUUUCACCUGGUCAGUCUGUCAUGGAAAGAGCAGGUGUUCAUAAUGUUUUGUACACUCAGUGCUCUUACAUUUAUUUUGUACAAGACCCAAGUAUUUGGAGUAUGAACUCAGGAAAUGUGUUUGGUUUAAAUACAAGCAUGCAGGACAGUAUUUUGUGGUGCACAACCAAACACUUCCCCUGGCUUUUAUGUCAUGCAUUGUGGGACCCUGAUUUCUCUGUCUGCUUUAUCUGCCUUUACUGCUGUCUGCUUUAUCUGCCUUUACUGGUAGAUCACAUCUGUUGCCAAAGUAGCUGAUUGCUUUCCUGAAAGUGGUCUGUUUUGAACUGAAACGGCUACUGACAUCCAUGUUCUGAGCAGCCCUUGGCAGGUGUUUAGAUUGUUCAGUUGACAUGGGUUAUCGGGACUUGCAGAUAAUGGUGGAAUAUGUACUAUAUCAUGUUUUUCAUGAUUGAUGACAUAAAUUAACCCUGUUUUUAAUACAUUGAGAUGAAAUUAUGGCUUUUGCUCAUUCUCGCUCUAAAAAAAACGUUAAAGUUUCAUGGACUAAAACAGUGUAAUUGAUGAGAAGUAAAAAUUGUCCAUAUGUUUUUACAUUUUUUAUGUUCUAAUUAUUUUUCUAUUAUUUACGUUGAAAUAAGUGUCUUCUGUUCAUUCCUCCCAAGCCCUUAUUGUUUGAGUCUGUUUUAUCUCUAUAUGUGAGUCACAAAUGGCAGCCAGUCCUUGUAACCCUGCACUGCUUUUGAUCAUAGCCCUAUGGGCCCAGGUCAAAGUAGUGCACUAUAUAGGGAAUAGGGUGCCAUUUGAUGCAACCUGUCUCUGUAAAGAGGGUCAAACAAUUCAUUAUUGAUCCACAAAGCCCCUUAACAUUGGAGAGAACAGGAUUCUAUUUAAGAUAUCUGGCCAAUAAAUAGAUGUUUACUUCCAUCUGAGGGGAACUCGCUAUUCUGCAUUCAAGGUCCCCAUAAUAAAUCAUUUAUGGGGAAACCACAUUUUGAUUAAUGAUGACAAUUUUUUUUUAAAUAUAAUGUGUGUAUUUUUUCUUGUUUUAAUAAUAUCAUCAGUGGUGAUACAUUAGUAGCUGUUUUUAUAAUUAUGCAGUUGAAAUGUUAAAAUGCUCAAUUGCAAAAAAAAAAAUCAAAGGAACAUAUCAAACUGGUAUACAAACUGCCUUACUCCAUGUUUGUGAUUAAAUCAUAUGAAAACA